AUGAGCGUGUUCGCAACAAAGAAGCCAUUUUCGGCUGUGACUGUGACAGUCGAAAACCUCACCUCCGAGGCAUAUGAAGAGGAAGAUCUCAGUGGCAUCCCUGAGCUCGUGGAAGUCAUCACCUUGCAGGCUACUGGUCCCACUGAAGCAGCUCGCGCUAUUCGAAAGAAGUUGAAAUAUGGAAAUGUCCAUCGCCAAAUCCGUGCAUUAGUUCUCCUCGAUGGUCUUAUCCAGAACGCUGGAGAGAGAUUCCAGCGCACAUUCGUUGAUGAGCCCCUGCUUGAGCGCCUGCGUGUUUGUGGCACUUCUGACCUAUCUGAUGUGGCCGUGAGGAACAAAUGCAGAGAGCUCUUCCGCUCAUGGUCGCAGUAUGCUGGAAGACCGGGGCUCGACAGUCUUUCGCGACUCCAUAGGGAACUUCCCAAAAGAAAGCAAGCUGUCACUCAAGAGCGAUCGAAAGUUCUCAAAGAGACGGAAGAUAACCCGUUCGUCGAUGAUGAACAAGAGGCUGUGGCAAAGGCUGCCCGUGACGCACGGAACGCCUCGGCCCCAACGUCCGGUUCAGCAUUUGGCCAUGCGCCUUCCAAAUCUUCGUCCGGGACCAGUUCAUUCUUUGGGGGCUCUAAGGAUAAGAAGAAGGAUAAAGACAAGGAUAAAGCCAAGGGGAAGCGAAAGCCUUUCAACCUCGAGGCUGAAAAGGAUCAGAUGAAAGCUGUCAUCGCUGACUCUUCUAUCGCAGCCACAAAUUUGAUGAAUUCGCUUCAAAGCGUUAAUCGCGAAGUUGAGCGCAUUUCAGAGAACCAAGCCGCUGUUGAACGAUUCGAAGCCUGUAAGCUCCUGAGACGAAAAGUGUUGCGUUAUGUCCAUCACGUCGAAGAAGAGCAGUGGCUAGGAGGGCUGCUUCAUGCUAAUGAUGAGCUUGUCCACGCUCUCAUGUCAUUUGAGCAAUUCGACCGGUCUAUUGAUGCGGAUAGUGACUCUGAUGACGAACUUGCUGAGCAAGCUCAUCUGUACCGGAUGGCCACGAUCAAAGGCAAGGAAGCCAUGGCUAAAGCAGCGUCCCAAUCACCAACUUCCUCACAACCUCCAGACCUGUCCGAAUUGAACAUUUCCCCUUCUCCCGCCCAUGCAGCUCCUCCCCGUCCUCCCCCAAUGUCAAAGCCUCACUCAAACCCGCCUCCCCAACCCCCACGACCAGCAGCAAUUUCUAUUUCACAUUCACAAGAUGAAGAUGAGGAUGAUGAUCCAUUUGGAGACUCACAUGCACUCGAUACGCCCUCACACGAACGUGAGCAGCCUCGGUGGUGA